AUGGCUGCAUCUCCUCUAGCGACUCUUCCGACUAGUUUUUGUCUGAGCCAUGGUGAUGAGUGUUGCAGCCGUUUACCCACCAGAACAUCAUUUCCAAGCCAUCUUCCGGCUGUGAAGAGAAACGCAAUGGUUCACGAACGUAGUAGAGUGAGGAGAUUGGUCGUGACGGCUGCGACGGAAGGAUCAAGGAAAUCUAAAGAGAGUCAACCUUCUUGGGCGGAUCCUGACUCGGAUGAGCCACCUCCAUGGGCUAGAGAGGAAGGUCGUUCUUCUACAUCGCAAGAGAGUUUUGAGGUUCCCUUCUUUGUGUAUCUCCUAGCCUCAGCGAUUACUGCCAUUGCUGCUAUUGGUUCUGUUUUUGAGUACUCGAGUAAGAAUCCAGUGUUUGGGGUAUUGGAGUCUGACAGCAUCUUCUAUACUCCUGUGCUUGGAUUCUUUGCUCUUACUGGAAUCCCCACUUCUAUAUUCUUAUGGUUCAAAUCCGUUGAAGCUGCUAACAAGGAAGCUGCGGAGCAAGAUAAAAGAGAUGGCUUUCGUUAA